AGCUUUGACAGCGAUUUAUUUCAAUUUUUCAUAUUGAAUAAUUAUAGUUUUGUUUACAGAUAUAUUACAAAGCCUUUUAAAGUGAAAUCUAAUUUAGAAUUCAUAAAACAAAAUGCCACGAUUCCAUACGGUAGAAAUCAAUAAAACAGAAUGGAUUGUGCCCGAGAGAUAUCAGAUGCUUACACCUGUAGGGUCUGGAGCUUAUGGUCAAGUAUGUUCUGCUAUAGAUACAGUACAUAAUAUGAAAGUGGCCAUAAAAAAGUUGGCAAGACCAUUUCAGUCUGCGGUUCAUGCCAAAAGAUCAUAUCGGGAACUUCGAUUGUUGAAACAUAUGAAUCAUGAAAAUGUUAUAGGUUUGUUGGAUGUGUUUAGUCCUGAAAAGAAUCUAGAAGAAUUUCAACAAGUAUAUCUUGUUACACAUUUAAUGGGCGCAGAUUUGAAUAAUAUAGUGCGCACACAAAAGUUAUCAGAUGAUCAUGUGCAAUUUCUUGUAUAUCAGAUUCUGCGUGGAUUGAAAUAUAUACACUCUGCAGGAAUUAUACAUAGAGAUUUAAAACCUUCUAAUAUAGCGGUAAAUGAAGACUGUGAGUUGAAGAUCUUAGAUUUUGGUUUAGCCAGGCCCACUGAAACAGAAAUGACUGGUUAUGUGGCUACAAGAUGGUACAGGGCUCCAGAAAUAAUGCUCAAUUGGAUGCAUUACAACCAGACAGUUGACAUCUGGUCAGUCGGCUGCAUCAUGGCAGAACUCUUGACAGGCAGGACUUUGUUCCCAGGAUCAGACCAUAUUCAUCAGUUAAACUUAAUCAUGGAGAUACUGGGGACACCGGGUCAAGAAUUUAUGACGAAAAUAUCCUCAGAGUCAGCCAGAAACUACAUCCAGUCUCUGCCGGCAUUGAAGCGACGUGACUUCCGCGAUGUGUUCCGCGGCGCUAAUCCGCUCGCUAUCAACUUGCUGGAGUUGAUGCUUGAACUUGACGCCGAUAAACGUAUAACGGCGGAGCAGGCGCUUGCUCACGAGUAUCUGGCGCAGUACGCGGACCCCACGGAUGAGCCAGUCUCCGCGCCAUACGACCAGAGCUUCGAGGAUAUGGAGCUGCCCGUUGACAAGUGGAAAGAGCUAGUGUGGAAGGAAGUGGUGGAAUUCAAGCCUCACCCUCAGCACAUGAGCACUGUUGUCGAAGUCAACCCCUCAUAAAUUACUUAUCUUUGUUUUUAACGCCUUAGCUAAAGGUUAAGCAUAUUAUUUUUCAAUAGAUUUUUAUCAAAUAUCAAAUGUUUCGUCCUUCAUAGCAUCUUAUAUUGACAAAGAAAAUAGAAAAAAAUCACGUAACGUAUAAUAACGAAUUUGUUUUAAGUCAAUUUAAAGAGGUUGUAACAGUAUUUUUUAUCUGUAGGCUUAGCUGCCAACGACUUUACAAAAAUAUGUCAUCACUUUAUUUCCAAACGGAAUGAAAAGGACGGCAAUAUUAAUGUAAUGUUGCAUAUGAUUUUUCACAAAUGAUAAGAUAAUAAUUAGAUUGCCUUAUAUAUUUAUAAUAUAUCUAUGGAAUUAUGAAUAUUUUCUUAAACGUUAUAUAAAAAUGCAAUACUUUUUAUCA